AUGCUCAUGCGUCAGAGAAGCACGCAUGAGGGUUCCAUCAUAUUCAAAUCACAUGUGUCUAUGCCAUGUGUGAGGAGCAAGAUUCUGUCGCCGCAGCUGAAGAAGGAGGAUAUCAUUCAGCUGACUGAGUCCUUCGUGGAGCACGUGCAGAAGGGCGAUCAUUCAGUCCACGGAUGGCCCAACACUUGCUACGGAGUGAGCAAGUCAGCAGUGAACGCGUACACGAGGAUCCUUGCCAGAGAGGUAAAGGAGGAGGGAAAGGGAACAGAGAAGGGAGGGCAAGAGGUGCUGUGGGAAGAGGAGGAGCUCGCUGAGAGGAGGAUCCUUGUCAACAGCUGCUGCCCCGGGUACUGUGCCACAGACAUGUCCUCGUGGGGAGGCACCAAGACGGCUGCUCAAGGAGCGGAAACCCCUGUGAAGCUUGCUCUGUUGCCCGACGGAUCGCCAACUGGAGAGUACUGGACGGAAGGCCACAUCGUUGACUGGACCAAGACAUGA